GUUCACGAUACUGCUGACAUCCAUGUUGUCACGAAGAUAAAGUAGCGAGCGUCUAAAAAGCCCUGGCAAAACGGACAAUGGCAUCAACAACAAUGAAAACAUACAGCCGGAAAAAACCCGGCGAUCAGGAUGAGGUUAUCAUAGAUCUGAACGAGCUGUGCAGACUGUGCAUGGCCAAGGAAGAUGCUCUUGUCCCAAUAUUCAACGAUCAAGAUCCCAUCCCGCUUUCGCUACGUAUAAUGGCUUGCGUCGCACUAGAGGUCUUCGAAGGUGAUGGACUUCCCAAUAAGAUCUGUCAUCCAUGCAAAUACCAAUUGGAAAAGUCUUACACAUUCAGGAAAAAGUGUGAGAAUUCUGACCUGAAGUUGAGACAUCAUCUGAAGGAUAUUCAGGAGAAGCUUGGAAAUGAUAUUGUUAUUUUACCGGACAUGAAACAUGAAAUUUUAACAAUUGAUAAUGAGAUUGACACUGUUGAUUUUGAUGGGGACUUAAAUACUGAAGAGGAUUUGGUUGGCGUCACUCAAGUAACUUAUAUACAACCGGAUCCAGAACCUGAAGAUCCUGAGAGCAUUACGUUGCCUGUGGAUGGUACUAAGGAGGAUUGUACAUUGACUGCACUGCAAAAGGAAACGACAAUUGAAGAUGUGGAAAAUAUUUAUAUGAUAACUGAAGAACAGAAAAUGGAACAUAUUGAAGAUCAGCAGCAACAAGAGGAUGGAAUUAUAGAUGAUCAAGAUUUAGAUGUUAUAGCGGAAGCUGUUAAAAGCACAUUAGCAACACAUCCCAAUUUGAAUCUAACUGGAGAAUUGCAGAUGAAAGUUGAUCAACAACCAGGGAAACCUACGCAGGUUCAAGUAACAACUGAAGACGGAUCUGUGAUCAUAAUGGAACUAUUAACAGAUGAAAGUGAACAAGUGCAGGCCAUGAACAUGAAUGCGCAAGAGUUGAACGAGGAAGGCGAGUUGAAAGUGUUCAAAUGUCCCGACUGUCCGAAAUCCUUCUCGCGUCGGAUACAGUUAAGAAGACACGCCUCGGUCCACAUGCAACAGAGAGGCUUCAGCUGCGGCAUUUGCGAGAAAUGGUUUCCAACCAGAUCUGCUCUCAUCCGUCACGAAAGGAUACACACAGGAGAACGUCCAUUCCAGUGCGAAAUCUGCGAGAAGAGCUUCGCGCAAAAGGAGAUCCUCUACAGACAUCUCAAUACACACACCGGCCUGAAACCUUACACCUGUCCUCACUGCAGCAAAGGAUUCUCGCAGAAGGAACCGCUGCGCGUUCACAUGAAAACGCAUUUAAAUUCGUGCGACAAUGAUGUGCAACUCCAUUACUGCACGCUGUGUCCGAAAGUCUUCUGCCACGCUUCGGGUUUGAGUAGACAUUUACUUACGCACACCGGGAAAAUGUUCAAAUGUCGAGACUGCGACAAGAACUUUACCGAUAAAUCCUCGUUGCGUCGACACCACAGGCAAACGAAUCAUCAGGAGUAAUUUUAGUUAGUUUUAAUUUAUCGCUAAGUGAAACGAUUUUAUUAUUGAUCUUCUUAAAUUAAAUUUAUAGCAUUAUCUAGACUUUUGUGAAGCCGAGCUGCAUUAUAUUUUAAUUUUAAUAUUAUUUUUACACUCUUAUGCAAAAAAAUAAGAGUUUAUUUAUGGAAAUUAAAAUAUAUUUUUAUUUUCUUGAUUAUAGUUUCUAUUAGUUAAAAACGGGGAGGUUUGAAAAACAAUAUUUUUGUAAAUAACAUGAAAAAAAAGAUGAAGAGUAUUAUAAAAUAUAGUAUAUAUAUUGCUUAUUGUUUUGGUGCAACGUAAUAUUCAUGUAUUUCAUUUUACCCACAUACACAAAUUGUUUGUCACAAAUUAUC